ACUGAAAAACCAAAAAAAUUAAUAAAAAUCUCAAUUUUUUUAUCUAAAAUAAACAGUAAGAACUCGAAAAAUGUCCCUUACGAGUCACAGUCGACGAUGUUUGCUCCAAAACUUGGGUUGUCAAUUGCUGUUUGUGCGAAAUAUUUCCAAAAUGAAGAAACGGAAACUUUUGCAUGAAGAAGAUGAGCUGCCAGUAUUAAAAUUCAAGACUCCUCGACCCGAAGAUCGUCGCAUCUAUGCAUGGGGCCUUGCCGAAACCGGUGCCUUGGGCGUCCACAAGAACAUAAAAAAGCACAAAAGUACGGAAAGUCUUUUCGUGCAACAUCCAACGAGGAUCCAGUUUGCCGAGCAAUUCGACGUGACGUAUCUCGCUUGUGGUUUCGGCUUCACUUUGUACACCGUCAAGCAGGACAAACUCGGAGCAUCCCUCUUCGGCACUGGCAUCAACACAGAUUCGCAGCUCGGAUUUCAGCAAAAUAAAUAUCGACAUACUUUGGAAAGGAUCACGUAUCCGGUUCCCAUUGAAAUUAAGCAUCCGGUGACGAGUGAAAAUGUGAUUUUUGAAAAAUGUGCCGCGGGACGAGCGCAUUCGUUGCUCCUAAGUAACCAAGGGGAGGUUUUUACGCUCGGCAAUAAUUCGUAUGGACAAUGUGCGCGCCCAAUAGUCAAAGAUGAGGAUUAUUUGGGGAGUUCCGUGGUGAAUUUCAUACCAAAACUCGCUGGUGAAGCAAUUCGGGAUGUCGUUUGCGGUCAGGAUCAUUCAUUUUUCAUCACAAAAUCAGGUCGUGUCUUUGCAUGUGGCUGGGCAGCUGAUGGUCAAACCGGAUUAGAACAUUACAAAAUCACGCAUCAACCGACGGAAGUACGAGGUGACAUCAAAGGCGAAAAUAUCGUCAAAAUUUCCUGCCGAUCGGACUGCAAUCUCGCACUUAACGACAAAGGAGAGGUUUUUGGCUGGGGAAAUUCCGAAUACGGGCAAUUUGCGUUGGACGAACAGCAACAAUUAAAUGUUCCGCGAUAUCUGGAAAUCACUAAGGGACUUUCGAAAAUUGUUGAUAUCGCGACAACGGGGACUUCGUGCUUAAUUCUCAAUGAAAACGGUGACGUAUUUACCUGGGGUUAUGGUUUGCUUGGAUUCGGUCCAAAUGUGUUGCAUGAGCCGUUACCGAAACAACUUCCGCCAACUUUGUUUGGGAGAAAUCAGUAUAGUCCGAAUAAUACGGUAGUUGCUGUGCGAGGGGGAUUGUAUCAUGCAGCAGCUUUAGAUGCUGAAGGAUCUGUUUAUACGUGGGGACGAAAUAAAUACGCGUGUUUGGGACUUGGACACGAAAAGGAUCAAUAUUUUCCGUUUAAGGCCGUUGUGAAUUGCAAAGUUGUGGAUAUUCAGUUGGGAGCGGAUCAUUCAAUGGCGCUCGGGAAAGCUUAUCUUUCGUAAUUUGAUAAGCAGGCGUAGCUAAAAUAUGAAUUAAAGAAGAUUUAUUAAUAAAAAUGA